AUUUUAGCAAAAGUCUCGCCUAAAAAAGUGGUAUCAUUCGGUGCUCUAUACUACUUACAUGUCAUUGUUUCCUCGUCGACCCAACAAUGGUUCUUCUGGAAGAAUGAUUCCUGUGCGAGCAAACUUCUUUUCCUUGACUACCUUGCCAUCAACAGUCAUUCAUCACUAUUCUGUAGAAAUCUUACCCGAGAUCCCUCCUGCAAAAAACCGUCGUAUUUAUAAAUUAUGGGAAGAAGGUUCCAGAGUGCAUGGUGCCUUGAAAGACAUCUUUCCAGUAUAUGAUGGCAGAACCAACAUUUACUCAUCAAAACCUCUUCCAUUUGAAGGCUCAUCGGCCUUAUUUCAUGUCGAUUACUAUGACGAAGACGAAUUUGUAUCAAAUUCGUCAGCACCUUCCGUCAAAGGACCAGCAAAGGUGUUUGUCAUGACCAUUACAAAACUACCACCGAUCAAUAUGCAGCGACUAAGUGCCUUUCUUGACGGUCUGGUAUCUGAUACACCUCACGAAGCUAUCAAUGUUUUGGACGUGCUUCUUCGACACAGACCAUCAUUGCAAUUUACCACAAUUGGCAGGUGCUUUUAUACCCCACAUUCGGCAACGACAAUUGCUAAUGGUAUCCAGUUAUGGCAAGGCUUUCAUCAGUCGCUUUGCCCUACACGCGGCCAGAUGCUCCUCAAUAUCGAUGUAUCUGCUACUGCAUUCUAUCAAUCCGGCUCUCUUGUUCAGGUUGUUGCACAACUCUUGGGGAAAAACAAUGCUUCAGAUCUAAAGCACUCAAUAGCUGAAAAGGAUCGCAACAAAUUGGAAAAGACUCUCAAGGGCAUAAAAAUCAUUACUGUACAUCGUAACCCAGUGCGUCGGAAAUAUGGCAUCAUUAAAUUUACUACCACACCUGCAACUCGAACCAUGUUUGCUUUGAAUAAUACAAAUGCAGAGCAGAAUGUUGCAGAUUAUUUCAUGACCAAAUAUAGCAUCAAGUUAACCUUUCCCCAUCUUCCUUGCAUAGUUGUUGGUACUUUAAAUCGACCAAUCUAUUUACCGCUAGAAGUAUGCAAACUAUUUCAAGGUCAGCGUCAUCUUCGCAAACUUAAUGAGCGACAGACUGCAGAUAUGAUUAAAUUCACCUGUCAGGCUCCUCAUGUUCGUUCCAACAAGAUUUCUGCUGGAUUUACUCUUCUUCAGCAGCGUGACAAUGACUAUCUCGCUGACUUUGGAGUCCAGAUCAACCAUGAGAUGGUGACUGUUUCUGCACGCGUAUUACCUGCUCCUGAAGUCUCAUACCAUCCUGGAUCCAAGGAACCGCUGAUCACCCCACAAGACGGUGCAUGGAACCUUCGUGAUAAAAUGGUUGCACAGGGUGUCACCUUGCGAGCUUGGUGUGUUAUAGUGUUUGGCACCGAAAAAGAUUACUCUACAUCCGCCAUCCAAAGCUUCAUUACGCUCAUGGUUCAAACAUGUGAAGAAUGCGGGGUCUUUGUACCCAAUAAGCAACCGCCUAUUUCAUAUUCCAAUCCAUUUGGUGACAUUGAGCGCGCAUUGAUUGAUGCGUAUAUUAUCGCUGGAGAAUCUUAUCAAGAAAGACCACAGCUUCUUGUCUGCAUUCUUCCCAACACUGGCGUCUCGCUGUACGCGGAAAUCAAACGUGUUUCAGAUACCGUUAUUGGAAUUGCUACUCAAUGUCUACAGGCUAAACACAUGCUUGCCGCAAAACGACAGUACUGUGCCAACGUUUGUUUAAAAAUCAAUGUCAAGCUGGGCGGAAUGAACAGCUAUCUAUCUAGCCAACAACUUCCCUUUGUCAGUGAACGCCCAACAAUUAUUCUCGGCGCAGACCUGACUCAUCCUGCCCUUGGCUCAGCAUCAAGCCAGUCUAUUGCAGCCGUUGUAGGAUCAAUGGAUGCUCAGUGCUCACGGUAUACAUCUUCCAUUCGCAUUCAAAACGGUGGUAGAAACAUUGAGUAUAUUCAAGAUCUAACAGCCAUGAUGAUAGAGCUUCUCAAAACAUUUUAUCAAACGUGUUCUGCUAAACCAGAACGUAUUGUUUUUUACCGUGAUGGUGUCUCUGAAUCUCAAUUCAACACUGUUCUUCGAUAUGAAAUCGACUCUAUUCGACGAGCGUGUGCUGCACUGGACCCAGAGUACCAUCCAACCGUGACAUUUAUUAUUGUUCAGAAACGACAUCACGCCAGAUUCUUUCCUAUUCGACCAGAAGACACGGAUAAAUCUGGAAACGUUUUACCUGGCACAGUAGUGGAUUUAGGUGUUACUCAUCCAUCCGAAUUCGAUUUCUACAUGUGCUCGCAUCCAGGUCUCCAAGGCACUUCUAAACCAACCCAUUACAAAGUGCUAUUUGAUGAAAAUGGGUUUACUUCGGAUUCGCUACAGGAGUUGACAUAUCGGUUGUGCUAUUUGUAUUGUAGAGCGACACGAUCUGUGUCGGUUGUUCCGCCUGCUUACUACGCACAUUUGGUUGCUACUCGAGCAAGAUUUCAUGCAACUGGCGAGGAUGUCUCUAAUAUCGUAAAAUCUUCUAAUGAUAAUGUGUCACUUUUACGUAGUGGUUCAGGCGGACGCUCCGUUUCAAAUCGUAUUUCAAUGACAUUGAUUCGAUCACUAUCAUCUGGAAAAAAUGCCAUGCUCGAUGCAACUGCUAUCCCAAUAGCAAAAAUUAUUACAUACAGCACUGUCAAACCUGAACUUGCCAACGUCAUGUAUUUUAUGUAAUGUAUCAAACACACAUGCCAUUGUGCCAGCCUUAUUUGACUGUAAACAAUCAUUUGAACUCUCUGUACUGAAAUAAACUACUGCUUGCAAUCU